GUAAUGACUGCAGGAAAGCCUUUCCUCAGAGCCCACAUCUUACUCUACAUUACGGUAUCUACUUAUAAAAGAAACCCUGUAAUUUAUUGAACGUGGUAAAGCCUUUAAUCAGAGCUUAAGUUUUAUUCAACAUCAGAGAAUUCAUUCUGGAGAGACACACUGUGAAAAAUGUCAUGAGUGUUGGAAGGUCUUCAGUUAUAGUUGAAAUGCAGAGAAUUCAGAUGGGAGAGAAACUGGCUCUAGUAGAAGUGGAAACGCUCUCUGCCCUAGGUCAAGCUUUACAGCGACAUCAAAGAAUCCAUUUCAGGGAAGAAUCCUAUGAAUGUAAUGAACACGAGGGAACCUUCAGCUAGACUUGUGUGAAAGAAUCUGCUUUGUGAAAAAGAGAUAAAAACUUGAGCAACUGAGGAUCUCUGAGUAUUUAUUUUGUGAUGCGAAGCUGCCAGCUGGUCCUGGUGUGCGCUCCCUUGGUUGAGACAUUUCUUCAGUGAAUAAUUGAUCAAUUGGUAAACCUGGAAGAAAGUUUGUCUGCAGUUCUUUCCUCUGUCUCAUCAGAAGUGCCGCACCAGUUGGAAAAGCACUGGCCGCGCGUCUCAGAAAUGCGUGGAAGCAUCAUGACUUUUUGUGCCUAUGCCUAACCAAAACCAGUCCAAAGAAUGGUAUUGAUUUCAUGGACUCGUUUGCUGAGUGCCACCAUGCUCUACACACUGCUGUUUUGAAAUCUGCUUUGGUUGGACUCUUUCCAAGGAGGUCCUCAGAAAUUAGCUGAGGUAAUGGGAUAACUCGGCAGGCCUGGGCUGCCCAGACUCUGCACAUUCCCAAGAUUUUCAAGACUGGCCCUUGGCCAGCUCCUGGGGGAUAACCUUUUGAGCCCUCGGAAUAUCUUGUCUGGGAAGAGUAUCAUUGUAUAUGUGAGGCCCUGGGGCCGUACCAGCUCUGGCCCUCUACCCCAGAAAACCUCUCCUCUCCUGAUUUGCACCAGAAGCUGCUGUAGUAUUGUGAGAUGGGGACUGAGAACAAGGAGGUAAUUCCCAAGGAAGAAAUUUCUGAAGACUCUGAGCCCCAUGGGGCCAUAUUAGACAAACUUCCAAAGGUGGUUUACCAGGGUCAUGAGUUUGGAGCAGCAGGUGAAGAAGACACGUUGGAGGGGUGUUCCAGAGAGUCCGCAGAAGAGAUAUUGGAGCCGACGUCUCCUGAGGAGAGAGACUUUGCAUCAGGGCUGAUAAUCUUUAAGAAAUCACCCACACAUGAGAAAGACCAGGAGAGUAGUGAGAGCAGGAGAGUCUGCAGGCCCAGCCUGAACCUGCCGGCGCAUCGUGGGGAGGCUGCAGCAGAGGCGCUGGGCAUGUUCGCUGCUUCUGGCCAGGACUUCGCAGAGAGUUUAGGACUUAACAAAACACAUAGAGGUUCUGUGGGAGAGAAGCCUCAUACUUGUAAAGAAUGUGGGAAAGCCUUUAAUCAGAAUUCACAUCUUAUUCAGCAUAUGAGAGUUCACAGCGGAGAGAAACCCUUUGAGUGCAAAGAGUGUGGAAAAACAUUCGGAACUAACUCAAGCCUUCGAAGGCACCUAAGAAUUCACGCUGGAGAGAAGCCCUUUGCCUGUAAUGAAUGUGGAAAGGCCUUCAUUCAGAGUUCACAUCUCAUCCACCACCAUAGAAUUCACACUGGAGAGAGACCUUAUAAAUGUGAAGAAUGUGGUAAAGCCUUCAGUCAGAAUUCAGCCCUUAUUCUUCAUCAGAGAAUCCACACUGGGGAGAAACCAUAUGAAUGUAAUGAAUGUGGGAAGACCUUUAGGGUGAGCUCACAGCUGAUUCAGCAUCAGAGAAUUCAUACUGAGGAAAGGUAUCAUGAAUGCAACGAGUGUGGCAAAGCCUUCAAGCAUAGCUCAGGCCUUAUUAGACACCAGAAAAUUCAUACUGGAGAAAAGCCCUAUCUGUGUAAUGAAUGUGGGAAAGGCUUUGGUCAGAGUUCUGAGCUCAUCCGGCAUCAAAGAAUUCAUACAGGAGACAAGCCGUACGAAUGUAAUGAAUGUGGGAAAACUUUUGGCCAAAACUCAGAGAUUAUUAGACAUAUUAGAAUUCAUACUGGUGAGAAGCCCUACGUUUGUAAGGAAUGUGGGAAGGCCUUUAGGGGAAACUCAGAACUUCUUAGACACGAGAGAAUUCACACUGGAGAGAAACCCUAUGAGUGCUUCGAGUGUGGAAAGGCUUUUAGGCGGACCUCUCACCUUAUUGUCCACCAGAGAAUUCACACUGGAGAGAAACCUCAUCAGUGUAAUGAAUGUGCCAGAACCUUUUGGGAUAACUCUGAGCUGCUUCUCCACCAGAAAAUUCAUGUUGGAGAGAAACCUUAUGAAUGUAGUGAGUGUGAGAAGACCUUCAGCCAGCAUUCCCAACUUAUCAUCCAUCAAAGGAUUCACACUGGAGAGAAGCCUUACGAGUGCCAAGAGUGUCAGAAGACCUUCAGUCGGAGCUCUCACCUCCUCCGACAUCAAAGUGUUCACUGUAUGGAAUGAUCUGCAAGCCAUGAGAGCUUUCUGCGGGAAAGCUGAAGUCAGACUUCCUGUUCUUAAUCUGCACCCCAAGUUCUCAGAUCAAGUGAAUGGACAGAACCUCUGCUGUUCUUCUGCUGAUUUUCAUUUAAACAGUUGGUCAAAAAGGAUGAGGCACUGCUAUGAACUAUUCAUUGAGAAGUUUCAAUGUACUGAGUUAAAUCAUAAAAGCUGUUUCAGGCCUUAAUUCUCCUCUGUCCCUUUUCCCCUCCCUUCCUCCCUCCUCCCCUAGUGGAUCACAAAAUGUGAGGGGUCCAUACCAGCCAUCUAGCCCAAAUUGUUACCAUUCAGGAAAAAUGGAGGAAUGUGAUUCCACCACCUCUUAGAAUGAGUUGACUCCUUGAAUAUUAUCCCCCGAAAUGUUAAAGUCAUGGCCUGAAGACACACCUCUCUCAUGUCCACUGUUUAGCAUUGGGAUAAUUCAGUAAGCUUUUAUUAGCUUCGAAAUCUUCCAAACAUGCUGUCAAGUUCUUUUAGAAGGUGGCAGCAUUGAUGAAGAAGCAAGAAGCUUGGGUCAUCUCACAUCUCCCGCUAGGCUUCCUCAGUCAUCUGAAGAGGGUGCCAUGAUGGAGGAAAUUGACAGGGAAUGGACAGGAUCGUAGGAGAAGAUCCUCAGAAUCCAGAGGGGCUGAUUAGCAAGGCCAGGGGAGAAACAAGUGAGGCCAGGCUACUGAGCAUGGACAGAAGCAGCACUCCCCACUUCAGGGCUGCUCAGGCUGACUGCUCCCAAGGACUCUGCUGCAUUCACUUUUGGCCCCAGCUCCUGCUGCUGCUGACAGAGCCUGUGUCAGAAAGUAGCAGAGAGGACUGUGCGGCUUCAUUGUCACCAGGGAUCUGGCCACAGGAAUGAGCCAGUCCACCUGACUGACCAGGGCCCUGCCUCGCCAAAGCACUUAAGCUCUUGUGACCUGGGCCCCACUGCUGGGAACCCUGGCUGAUAGGUCAGGAUGUGACAGCCUCUUUGCAGUGUGCGCUUGGCUUUGGAAUUCUCUUUCUUCAGUGUCUCUAUAUGAGUUCCCUGUGUUCUCCUAUGUGUUUUUUCUUCUUCAAGGAAACACAUCCUCAGUUCUUCACAUGUCAGUGUUUCUGAGGCAGUGGGUAGUAGGAAUUGCACUAGUGGGGAUCCAGCAGGCUUGGGGUGUGGUCUUAGAACCAAAUCUUGAAUAAGGCACUUCACCUGCUGGUCCCUAAUUUUCUCAUCUGUAAAAUUAGGGGAGUUGAACUAAAUGAUCUCAAGUUUCAACCAGCCCAAUAAUACCUAGAUUCUUAUUUGUAAAAAAAAUCUAACUAUAUAUCUUCAGUGUGCUAUUUUUAAUCUGUUUAUUACACUAAUACUAAUCACUAGUAUUUAUUGAAUUUUUACUUCGCCAGGCACGUGCCAGUUUACAUGUUUAUUUUCAUGGUCCCCCUAUGAUGUGGGUACUCUUUUUAUCCCUUUUUUAAAAAAAUUAGCUUUAUUGAAGUAUAGUUUACAUACUAUAAAAUUCACCUGUUUUAAGUGUUCAGUUGAAUGCUUUUUUGUUAAUUUACGGUGUUGCACAACCAUCGAUGAUGUGGGUAUUCCUACCCCAGUUUAAAAGAUGAGGGGCAUGGGAGAUGUCAAGUAACUUACCCAUGAUCACACAGCUGGUAAGUGCCAGAGCCAAGACUCCAGCCCUGGGCUGUGCUGCAGAUGGAUGCAUUACUGCCUUAUUCAAAGUCCUUUGCACAUUUUCUGUUCAUUAUUAAUUACUACAUGGAUUUGAAUAUAAUGGAUUUAAGUCAUGUUUUUGGAAACAUGAUUGGUCACAGCCAAAACCCACCAAGUAGGUUUAUUCUGUACCCCAAUAUGUGUCCCCCCAGAUUCAUGCCCUUGGCUUGAGAAAACGGCUGUACAAAUACAGUUAAUCACACAGUUUCCACUCCUUCCAGGUACCUCUGCCUCUAGUAGUCAGACUUUAGCAAGAGAAGUUCUUUAUACCCCUUUCCAUAGGGUGAUUCCAAGUGCAGGGUGCUCUCAUUGCUUUAUUCAGUGCUCAAGCUCAAAUUGAUUAUACCCGAACAUACCUUUCUCACCUGUCCUCUUACCUUCUGAUUCCUGUGUCUGAAUAUUUUACUUGCACCUUCAGCCCUUGGUAUAGAACUCGGCACCUCUGUAAGCUCCCCACAAAGGAUUCCCACACACAGACAUAUCAUUACUGAAGAAGCUCUUGUGUAGGAGCUGGGGGAGGGUUAUAUCCUAUGAGACAUUUUUUUCUCAGUAGUCCCUUCUUGGCUAAACUGCCACCAAAGAUUUUUCUCUUGGUCCUCCCCUCAGGGCCAGUCACCUCAGCUCAUUUUUCUUGCCAGAUACCCAGUUGCCCACCCCAACCCCCAGCUCCAUUACCUUCUUAAACACACUCUCAGCAAAAGAAAAGGCCCAUCAGGUAAUCAAUUCAUGGGAACUUUAGAAGGCAGUUUAAUGACCAACUUUUGUUGUGCCUGAGCAUAUUCUCCCGGGAGGGAGGUCUCAUACCUCAUUCUAAGAAAAAUCUUCCAACAUAUCUUCAUGCUUUCCCAAGAGAAAUUUUGGUGAAUGAAAUAAUUUCCACCUUGUUAUAUACAGUUUACACAUAUCCUGUAAGUUCAUUCUGCGCCCUUAUCCACCUCUCACCCAGCUGUCUCAGGAAGAUUUCUCUCUUGCUUGUUUUCCCUCUCCAGUUUACUUGGGAGCCAAAAUCUGACCAUAAUUAUGACUGGCAGUCAUAAUUCAGUGCAAUUAGAGUUCUACCAAGGAAAGAAAAGACGUGAAUUUUCUUCAUUUUAGACCCAUUAAAAAUACCAGAAUUCACAAUCUCAAAGACCCACCAAAAUGCCCAGAAAUAACCCUUCAGAAUUUUUGCAGCUACAUCCACAUACAUUUUCAUCCUUCUCUAAUUCAACAGUUUUACUGGUAUACUAACUCUUUAGGUAAAUAAAGCCUUUCUUCACAAUUUUACUGAUUUGAUGUAUUUCUAAGGUCUGUUAUUCCAAAGGACAUUGUUUCAUUUUGGUCUCAGUAUGAUUUUUUAUGCCAGUUUCCUGCCUUACCUUAAUCCCUCAACGUGUGCUGUGUUAGCUUCCAGUUUUGCAUAAGCUGUUCACUCAGCCCUUGAUCUACUUUGCUUGGUGAGAUCCUUUAUCUUUCAUAACAGGGCAAGUGUCACCUACUUUGUUUAGAUAGAUACAGUUUUUCAUGUUAACAACUUAAUGUAAGCUAUUAUGGAUCAUCUCGAUGGUCCAUUUAAAAAAAUCAUCUUGUUACUGAGA